UUCGAAGCACAUCCGGAUGACCAUGGCAGGACGCGUGACCGAGCUCGUGGCAGCCAUCGACCGCGCCGACGUUCGCCGCGUUGCCGCCCUUAUCGAUGGACCCUACACACCAGACGCAUUGACGUCGAUCCUCCGCGCCGCCUGUCUCGGCCGAUCGUACGACAUUCUCCACUGCCUCCUCGCGACGCCAUCGACCACGGCCUUUCUGUCGUCGGCGCCAACAGCGACGCUCCACUCGCUGCUCAACGCCGCGGCGCAGGGCGGCGACUUGCACAUCAUGGCUGGUAUGAGCCGAGCGACCGGCGUAGCGUGGCGUGACGUGGCCGAGGACGUCGGGCCCGAGCACCUCACGCCGCUCCUCAUCGCGUCUAUUCGCGGCGACACGGAUGCGAUGCACUUUCUGCUCCAAGACGGCGUCGACCCGAACGUUGGGCGCACCCGCGACGGUAACGGCCCGCUCGCGAUGACGGCGGCCUAUGGCUUUACGGGCGCCGCGGCCAUGCUCCUCGACGCAGGCGCCAACAUGGACGCGCGCAACGCGGGCGGCGCCACGGCGACGGACCUCGCGCUCUUGUAUGGCCACGACGAGAUCGUCCAGCUGUGCCACAUGGCUCACACCCGUGCGCUCGCCUCCGUCGAUGGCAACGCGAUCAAGAGCAGCAUCAGCAAGCUGCGCCAAGCCAAACAGUAUACGAAUUACGCAGUCCGGGACCGGGAAAAGGUCGACUUUGACCGAGUCCAGCAAAAGAUCUCCAAGCUCAAGGCUCGGAUUCACGGCCGGAUCGACGCCAACUAGUCGAGCUACUGAAUCUAUUUACGCUCAACGUACACUAUCAACCUAUCUCGAGAGACCUCGUAUCGGGAGGUUCGAACCAGCAACAAAAAGCUCAUUGACAUUGGGACCAGUGACCGGCACCAGUGAUCGGGACUAUCGCUGACGAUGGCAGGGUGGCGAUGCAUCAAACGUGCCACGUCUCUGCGCGGACGCCAAAUUUUGAGCGCGUGAGUUCUCGGCGGUGCCAGUUCAGGGUUCGUCGCAUACGACCAGGAUCAUGGGUCAAUAAUAAAGAGGGUGUAUCACG